GAGUUUGGUCUCAAUUGAACUAUCUUUUCUUCUGCUUAAAAGAGAGGAAAGAAGCCAAGGAAAUUUCAUUUGAUUGCUGCGGAAUUUUCUUCUAUGAUCUUCCUUUCCAUGGAGAUAUAUGGAAGCUUUUCAGCGCACUAAUCCCAGCCGAAAAUGGUGAAAUUUAGCCUCCCUGAGGUCGAAGCGAGAGCCUAAAAACUCAGCUUUAAACACUACGAUCUUCCUUGUUCUUCGUCUCUUUCAGCUCCAUUCAACAAAAACUAAGUUCAAAACCCAAAAAAUUGAAGGCUAAACAUGGAAUCUAUGGGGUUUUCAGCCUUGAAACAAUCAUACUGGAGAUGGGUUUUCUUGUUCAUCUUUUCUUUUCUAUUUCACACGUGUUUCUCUGAUCCAAGAAUCACGAACGCCGGGCUUUUCUGCGGCGAUUCCCGGCCGCCAAACGGGACGAACUACGUUCCGACUUUCACUGAAUUGAUGAAGCAGUUGUCGAACCAGAUGAACGACAAUCACUUCGCUUCAUAUCAUCUCAACUCCACGCCUCCGAUGUAUGGAUUGGCUCAGUGCCACGAAGAUUUGGACCAGACCGAUUGCCUCCUUUGCCAUGCCGAGGCCAGGACUCGAAUCCCGCGUUGCCUCCCUCGCUCGGCUCGAAUCUUCCUCGACGGCUGCUUCUUGCGUUACGAAUAUAAUCGAGACUUCUUUCACGAAUCCGUUUCGCCAACUUUCGACACCGUCAAUUGCAGCUCCAAUAAUAACGCAACAGCGCUCGAUCGUGAUCAGAACAGCAGGAUGAUUUCGUUCGGAAGAAACGUCGAUCACGCGGUCGGGAACGUAACGAGUAUCGCUUUGAGAAGAAAUGGAUUCGGGGUGGUGGGGAUGGACGGAGUGUACGCAUUGGCGCAGUGUUGGGACAGCCUUACGCCGGCGGAGUGUCGGCAGUGUCUGCAGAAUGCGUCGGAGACGGUGAGAAGAUGCGUUCCCAACGACGAAGGCAGAGCUUUGAAUGCAGGGUGUUAUUUGAGGUACUCCACAACUAGGUUCUAUACUGAAGGAGCAGAUUCUGAGGGUCAUCAUGGCUAUUCGAUCGGAGUCAUCAUCGCAAUCGUCUCGGCAUUGUCUGCAUUCGUAACAGUUUCAGUUUCAGCAGCUUACGUUAUAUAUGCAAGAUUGUCAAAGAGGAAAAGAGAGCUAAAGAAUCUCGGCCGGAUUUCGAAACGGUUUGACCGAUCGGGUUUGAAGUUCAAGUACGAAACUCUCGAGAAAGCAACGGAUUACUUCAGUCCUUCAAGGAAAUUAGGCCAAGGAGGAGCUGGUUCAGUGUUCAUGGGGAUUCUCCCUGAUGGAAGAACUGUAGCUGUAAAGAGAUUGAUAUAUAAUACCAGACAAUGGGUUGAUGACUUCUUUAAUGAAGUAAAUUUGAUCAGCAUAAUUCAACACAAGAAUCUGGUGAAGCUUCUUGGUGCUAGCAUUGAGGGCCCUGAAAGUCUCCUGGUGUACGAGUAUGUGCCCAACAAGAGCCUUGAUCAGUUCCUUUUUGAUGAGGAGAAGUCGAAACUCCUAACCUGGAAGCAGAGGUUCGAUAUCAUUGCCGGAAUAGCCGAGGGUCUUGCUCAUCUUCACGGAGGAGGUUCUCACGUAAGGAUAAUCCACAGGGACAUUAAGAGCAGCAAUGUUCUUUUAGACGAGAAUCUCAGUCCGAAGAUUGCCGAUUUCGGACUCGUUCGAUGUUUAGGUACCGAAAGGAGUCAUCUUAGCACCGGGAUUGCCGGAACACUCGGGUACAUGGCGCCGGAGUACCUCAUUCGAGGACAACUUUCCGAGAAAGCCGACGUUUAUAGCUUCGGUGUACUUGUUAUUGAGAUUGUAUGUGGCAAAAAGAACAGCAGCUUCACAAAAUCCGGUUCCCUUCUACAAACAGUUUGGACACUUUACAAAACAAAUGCAUUGGCUGAAGCUGUUGACCUUAGCAUAAGAGAUGAAAUGUCUGCAAAACAAGCCCCCGGUGUGCUUCAAAUUGGACUAUUGUGCACACAAGCUUCGGUUCUCUUGAGACCAUCAAUGGCGGAAGUGAUUCAGAUGUUAACCGAUAAAGAUUACGAGAUUCCGAUGCCGAACCAGCCGCCGUUCUUGAAUGCUAAUGUGCUUGGGACAGCAACUUCAUCAGGAUCAUACAGCACAGACAGUUUCAUAUCAAAUGCUCUGAGAAAAAUUCAGAGUUCAGGUACUUCAUCCGAAUCUUCCGGGACUCGGUAGUUGGGAAUUCGGAUCAAGACCAUCGGAAUACCGGACAUGACUGAGUUUGGAUCAAGGUGUAUGUUUGAAUCCCAAACGAUCAUGUAGCAAAAAUUUUGGAAGGUCAGUGC